GACGGGAUUCAUCAUGUCCAAUCUCGUUCAUCAGUCUCAUCUCGCGACAAGACAUCAGUCGGCAGCAACCGUGGCACGCGACGCGACGAGCAUUUCCGUACGAGCAUUUCCGUCCAGCACGAGCACGUACAUCCAGCAGCAAUGCUACCGGCACGAGCACAUCCAUCCCGUCUCUGGCAAUGGUCGCACGAACCCAUGCAAGCUGGCGUUCGCCAAGGCGGCAACGAGCAUCUGCUGCCAUGAAGUCGUUCAGAAACAUUCCUGCCCGCCCAAUCCCGUCCUGAGAUGUCCUGGGAACAGGACAUCUACAGCUUCCCGCACUGAUGUCGCCAGAGAUGUCAACGUCGGGAGUGAUCUUGCGAGCAGUAUUGCUCCUGCGUCUCCGACUCCUUCUCUUCUCCUCCCUCCUUCUCUUCCACCAAAAAAGCACAGCAUCACAGACGACGCCGCUCUCGGCUUGCUUCGAGAGGCUCACGCUUUCGGCACAUCGUUUCACGACCAUCGCUCUUCGACGCCAUCCAUUUCCCACCCGCUGCAGAACCUCCAAACGGCGAUGACACGCGACCCUCCCGACGCUGUCCACUGCUACUAUGCUAGCCAGCUGGGCAUUCUGGGUUCCUUACACAAGACCAAAGCCCUCAGCUGCCCAGUCGCUUUGACUGUCAGGAAGAAAGUCCUAAAAGGUUCCCAAGGCGAAGACGUUAUAUGCCAAAGCCCGAUCGGUCUUCCCCGAACCGUGCGCAUCCAGCACCUACUCGAAGACUUACACUUCCACAAGUCUCAGAUUGAUCCAGCGUCCAAAUACGUAUGCAUUUGGCGCGUCGCCAGACUGAUUGCCGCCAGCACCUUCUGCUCCAAGCACAACCCAUGGGACUUCGAAGCGCCGUUUGAGGAGCGCUUCGCGGCCAUCCGCGGCAAAGCUCUGGCGUGUCCGCCCUUUGAAGAAUUGCCACACGCCGUCGCCCCUCAGACUCUUAUGGGAUCGAAGCGUGCUCGCGUGGAUGAAAGCUAUCCAGCUACGCCGUCACCACCGAAGCGAGCCCGUUCGUCCAGGGCUGAAUCUCACCUCCCAUGCCAAACUUUGGGGCUCGCCAAACAUUUCGACGCCACGGCCGGAUUUCAGAUGAAUGAUGCUACGGGAGGAUACGGCGGACUUUACGGUGGUGGUCUCCCCGUUGAUGAUGAUCUCUUCUCCUACGACGGCGAAGUCCUCUCCCUCUGCACUCAGACGUUGCUGUCCACACCUCCGGAGCCCACGAACGCUACGACUACGAUGCAGUCCGUUGCCCCGCAGCACACGCAGCAGAUGACACCUGUUGGUGAUGAUCUCUUCUCCUACGACGACGAAGUCCUCUCCCUCUGCACUCAGACGUUGCUGUCCACACCUCCGGAGCCCACGAACGCUACGACUACGAUGCAGUCCGUUGCCCCGCAGCACCCGCAGCAGAUGACACCUGUUGGUGAUGAUCUCUUCUCCUACGACGACGAAGUCCUCUCCCUCUGCACUCAGACGUUGCUGUCCACACCUGCGGAGCCCAUGAACGCUACGACUACGAUGCAGUCCGUUCACCCGCCGCAGCACCCGCAGCAGAUGACACCACCGUCUCCAUUGGCGGAGAAGCUGGCUCGCAUCAACGUCGCACCGGAACAGUCCUCGCAGCCUACGAGCAGUGUCAGCUCUGCGGGGCAGUGGGACCAGUCAUCGCAGUCAACGGGUAGUGUCAGCUCUGAGCUCUCGUCGUGGGAUGAGGCUGAAUGGUUGCAGUGGGAGUCGAACGAAUGGUCCACGUCUCACUCAGGGUUGGGAAGUCUGGUCAUUCCGCCCGAUGCCACCCGCAGCCGUUCUCCAAUUGGUAACAACGAUACCACCCCACACUCCACGACGACGACGACGAUGCCAAAGGCCGCCCCGAAGAAGAAGAAGAACAAGGCCUGGGGUCCAUUGAGGUGCCGUGAAGUCCUCAUCACCGUCGUCAGCUUGGGAUUCAUCAGCCUCGUCAUCGCCCUCAUCGCAUUCAUCAUCCAGCGUCUCGCCGCCUCCUCCGCCGCCGAACACGACCAGCAUCGCGGCCCUCCACCAGUCCAGGAGGCGGUCUUCACGGAAACGGUCACACUCACCGUGACAUCGGACGGUGAGGGAGGGAAGGCGGUGGUGGAGACGAGGACGGAGACGGAAACGAGUACGAGUACGAAGGCUCGGCAGGGUAUGGGCGUUUGUACAGAUCCGGCAGGGGCGAUUUCGAGGUGUCCGGUAGCGAAUUCGCCGUAUUGGCAGAAUUCCAAGGGCAAGAUCCUCGUGCUCGCGCACAUGUCACCACCCAACCUGUCGCCCUCGUCUCCGGCUUCGUCUUCGUCGUCGGCCUGGGAGACCGUCUCCGACAACAGCAGCGACGCGUCGUCGGCUGAUACCCGCAGUUCCUCCAUCGCAUCCUCAUGCGCCCUCCACGAGUUGACAUUCCUGAAGCGAGACAACGAGCUCGAGCUCUCCGCCCACACGCAGCACGAGCGACCCGAUCGCGACCGGAAGAGAAGAUGGUGGAAGUCGCCGAUUGGGACACUGCUCGGCGUCACAGCGGGAGUCGCACUCGCCAUCGCCAUCAUCGGUCUGGCGCUCGUCGCCGGGCGGGUGAGUCUGUGCCCUCCACCGCGGCAGACAACCACGAUACCCUUCGAUCUUGAGCGUGCCCUCGUCCGACCUAGCGACAGCCUCGCCAUGCACAAAAUUGCCUUUCAUCUGCCCUCCAGAUGGAUGGAGUGGCUCGCUCAACCACCUCUGGGAACGUCGAAUUGGUUGAAAUCAGUGGACAGCGGCGAUGAGGCGGAGCCAGGGAGCCCGCAGCAUCAGCUCGUCGUGUUACAAUCCUUCGGCCGGGGGUUGGAACAUCGAGUGGCGCAUCGCGAGGAGAAGAGGGCGUCGUGGGCUACUGAAUUCGAGGAGAUCAAGAGCUGGGUGGGGCGGUUGGAGUCGUGCGGGUGGAAGCUACAGCGAGAGGAGACGCGGAUGCGAGAAGAGACGGACUCUCCCUGGGUAGAAGAAGAGAUGGACUCCACGUGGAUACAACAGCAAUACGUCAAAGUCGCGGCGGCGCUCUCCUGCAAGAAGUUGGUUCGUCAAGCCGCAAAUGAUGCCACGAGGACACAGCUCGAGCACUUGCUGGACGACAUCCACUCCCACCUCUCCCGCGAGCUCAAGUCCGUCGAUCUCUACCUCGAGACCGUUGCCAAUCUCGCCGUCCACUCCAACGCCCAGCUCAUUGCCAUCAACCAGGAGAUAGACAACAUCGCCGUCAAAGCCGCCGCCAGACUACGCCGCCGUUCGCUCUUGCCGACCACCGACGAAUCGCUCAUCGCCCUCCUCUCCGACGCCGAGAAGACUCAAAUUGCGCUCGCGAGGGAAGAGUACGGCGUCUUGACGUUCUUGGCGCUCGUGUCCAGUACCUUGCCGCCUGCGAUGCGGGAGCGGCAGGCGGAGAUUCUCAAUCUCGCCACCCGCAUGGAAGAAUUGAAGCAGCAGCUGUCCUCCGCGAAAGAUGAAGGACUACAACAACUCACAGCCGUAGCGACAAGCCUGCCUACCACCGCCGACCUCGACACCCUCCUCAAAGAACACCACCUUAACCCACGAACGAUGCGCACCUCCUCCUCUGAAUGGAUGCGCACCUACAGUCCGAAAUCCUACUCUUCAUCCCCACGGUCCUGCCUCCACCCGUCCACGAAUCACCUCCGCCUGCGCGCUCUCGUGUGGUUACAUCCCACCCUCGGCGCCGCAAGCUGGCACUGGAACGGCUCCGGCCGGUCCGCCUCCACCUCGCGCGAAGCUACAACGGCGAUUGAGACGGCGCUCUUGUUCGCGGGCUUAGGAAUGGAGGACCCGGUAGAUUGGCACCGGGUUUUGGGGAAAGCCGCAGGGGAACGGUGGGAGGAUUUUCGGUAUAACAUGGUGGCGAGGAAAGAUGGGGAGGAUCUGAGAGAGACGUGGGUGGAAGAUUACGGUCGGUAUGGUGCUGGAUGA